CUCACUUCCAAGACUUUGGAGAAGAACAGAAACAGAGCAUUCAGUGAUGGCGAUGAUCAAGAUAGAGAAAGUGAUGGUGUUUACUCUGAUUCUCUAUCUGUCAGCUCUGGCUGUUGCAAUUGCAGGCAGAGUAGUUGGGCCUCUAUUGCAAUUCCAUGACAGACCCGGUUUCCUGAGACCAACAUUUAGUCGCAUUUACGAUACUUCAAUGUAUGGUACUCUGCAGCUCGACAACGGAUUGGCUCGAAUGCCUCAAAUGGGGUGGAAUAGCUGGAAUUUCUUUGCUUGUGAUAUUAAUGAAACCGUGAUCAAGGAAACUGCUGAUGCGCUCAUCUCAACCGGAUUAGCUGAUUUAGGUUAUGUAUAUGUCAAUAUAGAUGAUUGCUGGUCUACUUCAACAAGAAAUUCUGAGGGUCAAGUGGUCCCUGAUCCUAAAACAUUUCCAUCCGGAAUUAAAGCUCUUGCCGAUUAUAUACAUGGGAACGGUCUGAAGCUUGGAAUAUAUUCUGAUGCCGGGAUUUUUACGUGUCAAGUUCGACCAGGCUCACUUUAUCAUGAAAGUGAUGAUGCAAAGCUAUUUGCUUCUUGGGAUGUAGAUUAUUUGAAGUAUGACAACUGUUAUAAUCUGGGCAUCCCACCAAAAGAACGUUACCCACCCAUGCGCGAGGCCCUAAAUACAUCUGGACGCACAAUUUUCUAUUCACUUUGUGAAUGGGGUGUUGAUGAUCCUGCUUUAUGGGCCGGGAAGGUUGGAAAUAGUUGGCGGACAACAGAUGAUAUCAAUGAUACGUGGGCAAGCAUGACUACAAUUGCUGAUUUGAAUGACAAGUGGGCGUCGUAUGCAGGACCUGGUGGAUGGAAUGAUCCGGAUAUGUUGGAAGUUGGAAAUGGAGGCAUGAGUUACCAGGAAUACCGUGCUCAUUUUAGCAUCUGGGCUUUGAUGAAGGCCCCUCUUUUGAUUGGUUGUGAUGUUAGAAACAUGACUGCGGAGACAUAUGAAAUUCUAAGCAAUGAGGAGGUUAUUGCCAUAAACCAAGAUUCUCUUGGGGUUCAGGGAAGGAAAGUGAGUGUUUCUGGAACAGAUGGGGUCUAUCAGGUUUGGGCAGGUCCUCUAUCUGGACAUCGUUUGGCUGUUGCUCUUUGGAAUCGGGAUUCAACAGCAAAGACUAUAACAGCUAAAUGGGAAGCGCUCGGACUCCAGUCCAGCAUUAGUGUCUCAGUGAGAGAUUUGUGGCAGCAUAAAAUUGUUACGAAUAAUGCUGUAUCCUCAUUCGGUUCUCUGGUUGAUGCUCAUGACUGUCACCUGUACCUCUUCACUCCCCAGACGGAGUCAUUAAGAAGUGUGAAAGAGUGAGAGUGGUUUUAAUUAGUGCUUUUCUUGAAGCUAUCCAUAUCUGUAAAACAUUGCUCAGUAUUACUUUGAACUGUUGUCAGCUCAGACUUCAGUGUUCCAGUGUAUAUAUAUUAUGCGUACUCAUAUAGAACAAUGAAAUGAUCCCAUGUUCAUAUAAUAAAAUGGAUCAGGAACAGCACAUUUGCGCUGCAUUA